AUGCGGCUGCUCCCGGAAUGGCUUCUCUUGCUCUUUGGCCCGUGGCUCCUGAAGAAGGCCGUCAGUGCCCAGAUACCGGAGUCCGGGAGGCCGCAGUACUUGGAGCUGCCCUCCCCUGCGGCCGAAGGGGGCGUCCCUGGCCCACGGCUCCAGGCGGCGAAGUCUUCCCACGGCCUGGGCACCGCCCGCGCCUGGAGCUGGGCCUGGCCGACUAACCACACCGGGGCGCUGUCCCGGGUAGGGGCUGCGGGGGCGCUACCCGUGCAGCGCACCAAGAGAAAGCCGUCUAUCAAAGCGGCCCGCGCCAAGAAGAUCUUUGGCUGGGGGGACUUCUACUUCCGGGUGCACACCCUCAAAUUCUCACUGCUGGUGACCGGCAAGAUCGUGGACCACGUGAAUGGGACUUUCAGCGUGUACUUCCGCCACAAUUCGUCCAGCCUGGGAAACCUCAGUGUUAGUAUCGUGCCGCCCUCCAAACGUGUGGAGUUCGGCGGCCUGUGGCUGCCGAGCCACGCCCCCCACCCUCUGCAGUCCACGCUGGCCUUGGAAGGGGUCCUCCCUGGGCUGGGGCCCCCGCUGGGGCUCACGGCCGCAGGGGCGGGGUUAGGAGGCACCCUGGGCGGCGCUCUGCCCGGCCCGCUUGGGGGCGCGCUGGGAGUGCCCGGGGCCAAAGAGUCCCGCGCUUUCAAUUGUCACGUGGAGUAUGAGAAGACGAACCGCGCGCGCAAGCACCGCCCGUGCCUGUACGACCCAUCGCAGGUGUGCUUCACCGAGCACACGCAGAGUCAGGCGGCCUGGCUCUGUGCCAAGCCCUUCAAAGUCAUUUGCAUCUUCGUCUCUUUCCUCAGCUUUGACUACAAACUGGUGCAGAAGGUGUGCCCAGACUACAACUUCCAGAGCGAGCACCCCUACUUCGGAUAGUGCACUUUGCCCUCGCCCCAGCCCUGAGCUUCCCCCCAAAUCCCACCUCCCUAAGUGAGACUCCCCCCUGUGCCCCGAAACUUGUGGCCGCGUCCACCCUUCAUUCUGGGAGCGGAGAGGAACAGCCCUUCCGGGGACUGUCCGCGGGCGUGGGUCCCUUUGUCCUUACGGGGAGUGCCUUUGCGGCCCCCUCAGCUACACCGCAAAGUGGAGGAACUAGAGCGCAGCCCCAGAAUAGGUGGUCCCCAGUGUCCUUUAUGUCCACGUUGGGUCCCCUUUAUGCCCCCGGCGCUGGGUUGGACACUCCCUUUGCCCGCAGCUUUAAGAACGCCUGGCCUGCCACCCUCACCCCAUCCCGACUUUCUCACCCCCAGGCUCUCGUUCUCCUGCUCCACCCUGUCCCCACGUAAAGACUGUAAAGACGUGUAAGCCGCGGCCUGUCCCCAUUCCCUUCUGCCUGCCAUAUGCCUGUUCCUCUUUCCCCCAAACCCUAUUUAGGGUAGUGGAAGCAGACUCCCGGGCACAGGCGAUGGCUCCGGCCCCUGCCCUAUGCCUGUCUUCCUCCGGUCCCUGCAGUCCUGCUGCACCUGCCCCUUUCCGGCUGCCUCCUCUCGGUGGUAUUUUUUUUUUUUCUACUCCAAAACAGAUGGGAAAGGGAACA